AUGACCAAAAAGAGUGGUCAUGAGGGUGGUACCUCCCUUAAUGGUAACGGCAGCUCCUCCACAACUCCUUCAAACACCGUCCCCACAUCUUUGACCUUCGCUGGGAGUGUCGCUGCGACGCGGAAAACAUUUCUGCAACGGGAAGCCGUAUUGGAUGCCUGUGCUGUCACCACAAACAAUGUUGCCUUGGCGCAAGCGCGUCGCACAGCACUGCGUGAUAGCGGCGCACGCAUUGUGAAAUUAUUUGAGGAAUUGGCUCAAACGUAUGCGGCCAACAUGAAAACUGCAACAGCAUCACAGGAGGGCAGCGGCACAGGAACGCCGAGUGCGAAGGACGGGCCCAUCACGGUGGAGCAACUCAACAUGAUUAACUGCAUGGCCGAGGCAUACGCAGAGUCGUUUCGUAAGGAAUGUGGUCUAGAGCUAGCAUUAGGGGAUAUGGUCAUGUCGGACGCCCCCGCAAACACUUCCAAAAAGGAAAAUGACAACAGCGGCAGCAGAAACCAUAACUCGGCUUCGAAAGGUGGCGAUAGCACCGGUGGGGAGGCUGGCGGAACCGCUGCCGGACCGGCGCAGGAGGCCAUACGGAGACGGAUUGCUCCACUACAACGGGCGCUAGCUAGUGCGAAGGAGUUGCGCAACAUACCGACCUACAACAAGGUUCUCUCCGUUGCUCAGAGGGGUAACGUGGGGGCAAAUAGCCUAACAACGCUGGUAAAGAAUCUGACUGAAACACUGGAGGAGUCACUUCAGGAAUUAGAAGGGGGAUAUGGGUCCUGCUCGAAUUCCGCCAAUGAUGUUGCAGAGUGGGCCUGUUGGGUUCAGCCGCUCGUGCGACUGACCAACGAGUGCCUUCAAACAAAGCCACUAGAAAAAAUAAUGGAAGGGCCACGUGAGCGCCUGCGUCGUGUGGCCUUUGAUGUGGAGGAGAAGCAGCGUGAACAGGAGGACGCGGUGACAGAUGGUGAUAUGGUACGCUCUGAACAACUAUACUUUGAGAAGACUGCCCUGCUGGAGAGCAUGCGGCCCAUAUAUGAUGAGUUGGAGGCAGCAAUAGAGGAAAGCAAGCGGGCUUCUGUGGACGAGCCAUCGAAGGAGCUGCGGUCACUUGUAAAGGAGCUGAGCACAAAACAGGCACCAAAAGUGUUGGAUCGGGAGAAGCAGGUACGAAGGAGGGGGAAAACGGACUUGGAGCGGCUCCUCGCACGUCGUGAGGAAAUUAUGGCUGCGCGAACAAAGCAGACUUCCACCUUCAAAGUGUACCUUGCUGAAUGGGAUAAGAUGUUCCGUCACAACGAACAGCAGCAGGAAAACUGCCUGCGGGCUAUUGAGGAAUUGGAGCAGCGACUCAAAUAUCUCUCGGAAGAGAGAGCCAUACUGGUGGAAGACCGGCUGGAGGUGGCUGCCCAGGAGCAACAACGCUCGGAGGACGCAGCGAGUUUCAUGUUGUUUGCGGCUCAGCAUGAGCAGAAGCUCCGCAAAACUAUUGAAAACCUCGAUCAAAGCCUUUCAUGUGGCGAGAGGGUGCUUGAGGUGGUGCGUUCAUCGUACCAUCAUCUUGGCAAGUAUCUCCAGGAUAUGGUGCAGCGUGAGGCUGAUGAGCAACUGCUUGAAGUGCGCAAGGAGCGCCUGUCACACUUUCGUGGGCUCUACCUCACGCUUGGCGAACUUAAAUACAAAAAAGAACGGCACUUGGAGGAGUUGGACAAACGCAUUGAGUACUAUCACGUGCAGCAGGAACUUGCCAUGGACACCUUCAACCCUAAAGCGAAGGAGUUCAGUAAGGCCAAGAAAGACCUUCUUGAGGUGAAGGAAACUAUGCAGCAACAAAUUGACCUUAUUGGGCAGAAGGCUGUGAAGCAGUUGGAAGACUUCAAGCCCACAGAACAACUGUUGCUGGCGUCCGGUGUGAAAUUUGUCCACCCGGUGAAGGAGCUGGAAGAAAUGAACCAGCGACGGACGCAGAAGUUGCUCGAGUACCACAACCUCAUGUCUACCAUUGGAGAUGGUCGAUCCCGCGAAGAAGCGGAGGCUAAUGGAAAGGUGGCGCCUAAAACGUCUUCAUAG